UCAACUACUCGAACAAACAACGUGCCUGAGUAUCAAAUCGCGGGCGUAUCUGCAUCCGCCACAUAAAAUCCCCAUUUAUCAUCCAAUCGAUUACGUAGUAAUUCCAAUUAAUAAUGUAAACUUAUUUCUUUUAAUUUAUUUAUCAGUGUUUAUCGUAUUGUGCUAAACAAGGCAUCGGCUACGAUUAUGACACGGUCGAUUACAUAUCAUAUAGUUCGUCUAAUCUAGAUAUCUUGUGAAUUAUCUCUGUGUACGUGAGUGACGAUUGCUAGUUUAGUGAUGAAAAGUGUCUUGAAAGUGAACAGGUGUGUAAUUUGUUGUUCGUUGUCUUUUCAUGACAUUUAUUGUUUUAUUAACAAACUGUUACUGUACGGCUAUCACGGUCAGGGAUGUUUGAAAGUGUUUGUGAUAAUUGGUGAUAAUUUUCCGCAGCAGACAGCCAAGAGUCUGGCAGUCCACCGCCAAGCCCGACUGACUCUGCAACAUCAGAAUCAGCGCCCACCUUAGUUCACAUCAAACAGGAAACCAUGCCGCCCGGUACUGAUGUCAAAGAAUACUACGGAACCCUCGACUUCGGGCUCUCCGACACAUACCUAGCAAACAACUUCCCCGACUAUGGACGAGGCUACCUCCCCAGGCCCCUGGAUCUACCAAACCAAAGGUUCCUAGAUCAAAAAAGUCCAAAAGAUAAAGAAGAUGGAACGAAAGAAGACGAUCCGGGGGAGCGGGACUUUAAUCUACCGAGUGAACUGAUGUUUAAAAGCGGAGGAAUAUUUGCUAGAGUUAACAUUGCUAGUGGAACACAAUAUGGACCGUUUCUUGGACGUUAUGUCUUGAUGGAUGAUCAGCCUGAGGACCGGCGGUAUGCUUGGGAGGUCCGCGACAGGCACGGAGUCAGCGGCUGGCUGGACGGCACCAACGAGAAGAGCAACUGGCUCAAGUUCGUGCGCUCCUCCAACUAUCCUCAUGAUGUCAAUGUGCAACAUCUCUGGCUGGCCGGAAAGAUUUGGUACAAGGUGGUGCGUGAGGUUCCCUCCGGACAGGAGCUACUGCUGGGACCCAGGACUACCCUCUAUCUAGAAGACAUGGUCUCUCCUGAUACAAAGCACCAAUCCUCAAUCGAAAAGUCCAGUGCCCUCCCUCCCACUGAGGACGAGGAUCGAGAAGACGCUGACAUUCGCUGCAGCUACUGCGACCUGCCCUUCCCCAACAUCGAUGUUCUCGAUCGUCACUUGAUAACGGAGCACGCAAAGCCGGCCGCUGCAUUUCCUUGCGAACUCUGUAACAGAGCAUACAGCACUAGGGAACUGCAUCUGAGGCACCGUGCGAUUGCGCAUACCGACAUCAGAAAAUAUCCCUGCGAGAAUUGUCCUAAGGUAUUUACCGAUCCUUCCAACCUCCAGCGCCACAUUCGCGCGCAGCACGCGGGCGCCCGCAGCCACGCCUGUCCCGAGUGCGGGAAGACCUUCGCCACAUCGUCAGGCCUGAAGCAGCACACGCAUAUCCACUCCAGCGUCAAACCUUUCCAGUGCAAGGUUUGCUUUAAGGCUUACACUCAGUUCUCCAACCUCUGCCGUCACAAGCGAAUGCACGUGGCCUGCAGAGCUCUCGUCGAGUGCGGAAAAUGUGGCCAGUCCUUCACGUCAUACGCCUCUCUUACUAAACACAAGAGAUUCUGCGACACCGCUGCAGCUGCAUCCGUCAACCUGCGAGGACAAAUGCCCCAGGGUCUUCCGCAAAUACCGUCACUACAAAACGUUGGAAUGAAUAACCCUAACAACGCCAACCCGUUCCCGAUGUACAGGGGGCCCACUCUGCCUCUGCCAUACAACACCUUCGCUCACUACCCGGCUCUGUUCUCUGCCGCCGCCGCAGCUGCUUGCCCACCAGAGUUCCUAAGCCCAUUGCUCUUCAACGUACAAGGAGCAAGGCUCGCCAUGGAACAUGACAUGGCUAUGUCAAAUGCUAAUUUGGUAUCUAAACAACAAGAAGGCCGCUUAUCAGUAAAAAGCAUGGACAGCUCAAAUUCUAUGGAAGACAACAAGAAGCCUAAGGAUUUAGAUUUCGAAGUUAAAAGAGACAGCUAUAGUUCCGACAGGGCUACUCCUAACAAAUCCAGCCUUUAUUCCAAGCAAUCACCUCCAUCAGGAGAAGAAGCUUCUUCUCAGCGACGACCGUCACCAGUGAUGCCAUUAUCUACACCGAUGGUUCCAUUCAAUUUCCCAAGAGAACGAAAGUCUCCGUUCAACUUCUCACUUAAAAUUAACAAUAACGAUAUCCAAGGUAACAAGUCUGUAUCACCACUUCCUAAAGACUUAUCAAAGAAUGUCAUUGAAGACGAUAAGGCAUCAGAAUAUUCGGAUGCUGAGGAAGACACCAAGAAAGAUGAAGGUGACCAGCCCUUGGAUCUAUCGGUAUCAAGGAAACAAAACGACAAAGAUUCUGAAGCUGAGAAUGAUGAUCGUUCCUUUCGCAACUCAGUCAAAUCAUAUUCGCCCCCUGAAAGCCCUGCUGAGAGGAGCAAGACUCCUGAAAAUGACACAACAGACGUUGAUGUCGAAGGAGUGGAGCCCAAGAGAGAGGACUCGCCACCGCAGCUCGUAUCCCCACCUCUCGCCUUCCCAAUGGCCGUUCACCCGCAACACAGCAACUUAAUCGAUGCUAUGUAUCGGCCUCGAUUUCCAUCGUUUCACUCUUCUGAAUCGAUCCUGAACUCCUCGCACUCGCCCUAUGUUCCAAGCCCGUUCAAUUUUUUAUCCCCACUUCUCGGUACUGAUGGACCUGAUAGGCAACCGAGUGCAUAUGCCAAGUUUCAAGAGCUUAGUGCCGGCUCAGGGAAGCUGCGUGACCGAUACGCUUGCAAGUUCUGCGGCAAAGUGUUCCCACGGAGUGCAAACCUGACUCGUCACCUACGUACACACACUGGCGAGCAACCUUACAAGUGCAAGUACUGCGAGCGCUCGUUCUCCAUUUCGUCAAACCUCCAGCGACACGUGAGGAACAUUCACAACAAGGAAAGACCGUUCCGGUGUCCCCUGUGCGAAAGAUGCUUCGGGCAGCAGACGAAUCUUGAUCGUCACUUAAAGAAGCACGAGGCAGAAGGUGGAGAUUCACCAAGUUCUGCUGAUACUGAGAGGGAGGAUGCGUAUUUCGAUGACAUUCGAUCAUUCAUGGGUAAGGUGACAUGCUCGCCGGGCACGCGGUCCCCGGCGGCGACGCCCCCGCACGGCGCGCACCCCGCGCACGGCGCGCGCCCCUCGCUCGCCAUCUCCACAUAGCCACCGGCCUACCCGCUGCCACUGCCGCCGCCGCUAUGGACGCAGCCUUUCAACUAACAUAAGUUUAAGCCAGACCAACAUAUUCACUGCCACGAUUAAUUAUUUUGGCACAUGGCGAAAGUAUUUCAUUCAGAAGAAUUGAAUAAUUGCGAGUCAGUUUAAUUGGCCCAUAGUGAACUAUGUAAGGUCUUUGUAAAUAAGUAUGUUUAACUGCCGACGAGGACACGUAGUAAUGCGGGUGUACAUGUAUUACGUAUAGUAACGUCUCUCUAACGUUCACAUUGAGAGCAAUAUAAAUCGGAAAUAUACUAUUGAGUAAUAUUCCGUCAAAGAUAAAUAAUUUUCGUGUGCUUUAGCUUAUUUAAGAUACGCAGUUAGCACGCGUUGUAAGUCGUUUUAGUUUCCGCUAAAACGUUCAACAAUAUGCGAUUUUAGAUUAUUUUCAUUGGCAACACACGUAGUAUAAACACAGUUUUUUUUAUUAUAAUUGUAAAAAAGUUUUAUUAGAGAAAUACAUUAUUAUAAGCGACAUGACAAAUCACUUUAGUACAUAUUAUAUUAUGAUAAAACUAAUUUAAGAUUACUUGUAGAUUUGUUAAGUAAAAAUCGUUUUAAUGAUAACUUAAAUAUUUGUUCCUAGUUCAUAUCUUGUGAUUUAAGGUUGACUUAAAACGUAUUUUCUAUUAUUAUAACUGUACAUAGAAUGUUUUGUCUGUUAUUGUGUAAAGUAGAGAGUAAAGGUUAAUUAAUUGAUGUUUAAAAAAUAUCAAAUACUUCGCUCGAUUUUUAAACUAUGUAUUUCUAAAUUGGAUACGGAGUAAUUACUUAAUUUUAUUUCAAAUAUUUUUUAAACACAAAUUAAUUUGACAUUAAUGAAGUAUAGAUACAGAAAGAUGGUAUUGUUAUUUUCAUUAUAUUUUGUAAAUUUAUAAAAAUUGGUAAAAAUGUCGAGGUCACUCGUUUAGUCAAAGGAAACUACCAAAGUUUUUCUAUAAUCCAAAAUUAUUCGAUAUUUAUUUGAAAAGAUGAAAUUUAAGCGCAUUAUAAACCAGUGAUUGGCAUUGUGAAUAGAAUCGUUAGUUAUUUGCGUGUUUAGAGAAUCAAUUAAUAAAUUAAUAUUUUGUUAAAUUUGUUAUUUACACAAUUGUUGUAUAGGAGUUUGCGAUACACGAAAUGCAUAUCAUGUGUUUUAAAUUAAAUCGAAGCUCAAAGAUUUUAGCGAUACUUAUUACAUUAGUAAUGCGUAUUGUAUAAAAGUUUAAAUGUAUCUUUAGAAAAUGUAAUAUAAAUAUAAGAAAUAACUUCGUAAUAUUUACUAAAUGCAAAGUAAUUUCGAUCACAUUGCUAUUUGCCUAUUGUCUAGGUAUAGUUAGUUCCACAGUUCUAAGCGACCUAUUAUUGUCUUUGAGACUUUGAUCACGAGCAGUAAUAUAUAAAAAGUUUAAUUAUGACGUCAUUUGUCAGUCACAACCUCCUUGCAUGAAGUUCACGUAUUAAAUAAGGGUCAGUACACACUUGUAUAAGUUUGAAAGCUUUUUGGACAGUGUAAUGUAAUGGAAACGAAUGCAAUACUUGUAAAGUAAGAUAUUUUGUAAUCAUAUCACUCGGAGGCACUAGCUCGAUAAGGUUUUAACGUCACACGAUAAAGUUGUAUGUUAAGUACACUUACCUAUUUAAUUUCAAGUUCAAUUAAAAUAUUAAAAUAAUAUUGUAAACGCAUUGAGAAAUAAAACAAUACAAUACAA